AUGUCAGGUCCUUCCGCUAUAUUCGACAAGACAGAUCCAACCACACCUAGUUAUUAUGGACCUUCCCAGACAGCCUUACUUCUUCUCGACUUCCACUCCAUUAUUGUCCAAAAAGCCGGCGGGCCGAAGGCUAUUAUGGCUCUUCGUGUAGCAGCUGGUAUGAGGGCUUGGGCAAAGUCGCAAGGCAUCCAGGUAAUCCAUGCCCUGAUAGAUUUAAACACAUCGACGUUUGAGACUUGUCGGGGCGCCGAUAAGCUUAUGGAAACGAUCGCGAGCGCGAGGUCAAGCGGCGGCGAAGAGGCUAUCGAACUAUCAGAAGGUGGCAGCGACGAUGUCACAUUUACCCGCAAGCCCGGUCAUGUUUCUGCUCUUCGAUCCCCUGGUCUAGACGAAUUCCUAAGGCAGAAUGGCAUCAAAUCGCUAGUCCUUACCGGCCUAAGCACAUCCGGGUGCGUGAUGAGGACUGCGGUUGCAGCUACCGACGCCGAAUACGUUACUACAGUCAUCUCAAAUGGCUGUGCGGAUCCAGAUGAGGCUGUCCAUGAUAUUAUGAUUAAUAAGAUCCUUAACACAAGGGGAUAUGUCACUACUGCCACUGAGUUCCAAGACGGGUUUAGAAAGGCCCAGGGAGUAGAAUGA